AUGACAGAGAAUUUCGCUGAUAUUAAUGCCAAACUUGAUGACACACUCUCAAGACUUAUUAAUAUGGAAGAUCGAAACGAAAGAAAGCGAAACCUAAUAUUGUUUGGUCUUCCGGAAAACAACACUGCAAGCAAUAAUUCCUCAGAAUCUGUUGAAUCAGUUGAUAAUUUAAAAACUACUGUCAUCGACAAGUUGAAAAGUCUCUCUGAAACGGAUCUUGAUUGUAGCCAUGGGUAUCUCAUGGAUCUAGAGUGUAGGGGUUUGGUCAUUAAUAAUGCAACUGAAAUGGUAGUUUUCGGAUAUCCUGGCGACUAUGUUUUGUUGUCGGAUUCACCCCUUCAGGUGAGCAAGAAGUUGAAUGCUUUGUACACCUAUUGUAAGGAGAACAGUUUGGUCGUCAACAUAAACAAAACAAAAAUUCUGAUUCUCUCAAGAUCACCAAAUUCCAAGUCAAAGAGGUCAAUAGCAGAUCGUUUUGGAGUCUCCAAAAAUACAGCUUUGAGAUGUACAAUUAAAGUUGCCGAAGCACUAAAGAGCAAAUCUGGAGAGUAUAUAAGGAGGCCUCGAGGACGCGAAUUAACAAGAGUCCAAGAGCAACUUUUUGAAAUAGGAGGUUUUCCUAAUGUUAUUGGAGCAGUCGACGGAUGUCACAUAAAAAUAAGUGCUCCUUCAGUGGAUGGUAAUAGCUACGUGAAUCGCAAGGGCUUCUAUUCACUGAAUUUGCAAGGCAUUUGUGAUGCUCAGCUGCGAUUCAUCGACGUGUUUGCCGGAAUAUGUGGCAGCGUAAACGAUACCCGCGUAUGGAGCAUGAGUGACAUAAAAGAGGAAUUAGAAGAAAAUGUUUCUGAAUUUUGUCCAAGCGGGUCUCACAUUCUCGGCGAUUCAGCCUACAGCAUAAAACAAUUUUUGAUUACACCAUAUAAAGACCGUGGAUUUAUGACAGCGACACAAAGAAAUUUUAAUAAAAUCCUUUCACGCCAUCGAGUUGUCAUAGAACGGGCAUUUGGUUUGCUGAAAGGCUGCUGUCGCAGAUUAAAAUACCUUUACAUUCAAAAUGUAAAAUAUGGGGCUCUAAUUAUCGUUGCUUGUUGUGUACUCCAUAACAUAUGUCUAGAAUUGGCAGACGAUACCAACGAAGAAAUAUUAGGCGAACUGUCUACUAUUGAAAACGAAGAAAUCGAAGAAGUAAAUAUAAGAAAUGAUGAGCAAGAUAUUGUUGCUACAGAUAAACGAGACUCUAUAGCAGAAAUUUUAAUGACAGCUAGACGGCGUUAA